GGUCUCUGCGCGGCGCCAUGAUCCACGAGCUGCUGCUGGCGCUGCGCGGCUACACGGGCGGCCUCUUCGUGGGCGGGGGCGGCGGUCUGCAGGUGUCCCCGGAGCCGCCGCCGUUCCUGCACCCGAGCGAGGCCGCCCUCCUGGCCCGCGUCUGCCGCCUGGGCGCCCUCUACGUCCGCCUGCACGAGUUCAUCGAGCAGUUCGCCGAGCACGUCCAGCCGCCGCUGCCGCCGCCGCCCGCCGCCCCAGCCGUGCCGCCGCCCCCGCCGCAGGAGCUGCCCGCCUCCCCGCCGGGGAUCUACUUGCGCGCCUUCUGCACCGGGCUGGACGCCGUCCUGCAGCCCUACCGGCAGGCGCUGCUGGGCCUGGAGCAGGAGUUUCUGGCCGAUCCUCACCUUACCAUCGCAUAUGUCAACUAUUCUCUGGACCAGUUUCAGCUCCUGUUUCCCUCAUUGAUGAUUGUAGUAGAGCAGAUAAAGACCCAGAAGGUUCAUGGUUGUCAGAUCUUGGAGACAGUCUACAAAUAUAGUCGUGGUGGCUUGCCACCUGUGCAUCAGGCUCUAGAAAAGGUCUUAGCCAUGUGCCAUGCAGUUUUGUACAAACAGCUCUCUGCCUGGAUGUUGCAUGGAUUGCUAUUGGACCAGCAUGAGGAGUUCUUCAUAAGGCAGGGUCCCUCUCUGGGGAUCAUCGCAGCCCAGCCUGAAGAAGAAGAAGAAGAUCUGGGCAUUGGCGGACUCACAGGGAAGCAGCUACGAGAGCUGCAGGAUAUGAGGCUGAUUGAAGAAGAGAACAUGUUGGCCCCUUCUCCAAAACAGUUCUCUCUGCGGAUAGAAAUGCUGCCUUCCUACAUACCAGUUCGUGUUGCUGAAAAAAUCCUCUUUGUAGGGGAAUCUGUACAGAUGUUUGAGAGUCAGAAUGUGGCCCUUACCAAAAAAGGCUCCAUCUUGAAGAAUCAGGAGGACACUUUUGCUGCUGAGCUGCAUCGUCUCAAGCAGCAGCCCCUGUUCAAUCUGAUGGACUUCGAGUCUGUUGUUGACUGGAUCCGGAGUACUGUGGCUGAGCACUUAUGGAAGCUGAUGGUGGAAGAGUCUGAUUUGAUAGGACAGCUGAAGGUCAUUAAAGAUUUUUAUCUGCUGGGGAGAGGAGAAUUGUUUCAGGCCUUCAUUGAUACUGCCCAGCAUAUGCUAAAGACGCCACCAUCAGCGGUGACUGAGCACGAUGUGAACGUGGCAUUCCAGCAGUCAGCUCACAAAGUGCUGUUGGAUGAUGACAACCUCCUGCCUUUCCUUCACCUGACCAUCCAUUACUAUGGAAAGGAACAUCGAGACCCUUCUCAGACCCGCGAAACACCUUCUCGGGAAUUAUCUCCCCAUGAAUCCCCCACCUCUGGCUGGGCUGCUUUGGGGCUUUCCUACAAAGUUCAAUGGCCUUUGCACAUCCUCUUCACUCCUGCCAUCCUGGAAAAGUACAACGUGGUCUUCAAAUACCUGCUCAGUGUGAGGCGAGUCCAGGCUGAGCUACAGCACUGCUGGGCUCUGCAGAUGCAGUGCAAGGGCCUGGAAUCCAAGCGGACAGAUGCCAUCAAGUGGCGGCUGCGCCAUCACAUGACUUUUCUCGUAGAUAAUUUGCAAUAUUACCUGCAGUUUGCUUUCUUUCAGGUGGAUGUCCUUGAAUCUCAGUUUUCACAACUCCUUCAACAGAUCAAUUCUACCCGUGAUUUUGAGAGUAUCCGACUGGCACACGAUCACUUUUUGAGCAAUCUUCUGGCCCAGUCCUUCAUUCUGUUGAAACCGGCUUUUCACUGCCUGAAUGAAAUCUUAGAUCUCUGCCACAGUUUUUGUUCAUUGGUCAGCCAGAACCGAGGGCCCCUGGAUGAACGGGGUACGGCCCAGCUGAGUAUCCUGGCUAAGGGCUUCAGCUGCCAGUCUUCCCUUCUGUUCAAGAUUCUCUCCAGCGUUCACAACCACCAGAUAAAUUCCGACCUGGCACAGCUGCUGUUGCGCCUGGACUACAACAAGUACUACACUCAUGCUGGAGGCACUUUGGGCAGCGUGGGAUUAGAAUGAUUAGCCCACAAUUUGCCAUGAUUUCCAAGAAGUGUCCCCCUGCUGUAAUGGCAGCAACAGCCUGACAACUCCAGGAGAUGGAUGGAUGGAUGGAGGCACAAGAUCUGCUCUGAGCAACCUCGGUCUGUUUUGUUCCGGGGCAGUCACAGCACCUGCAAAUGGGUUUUGUAUAAUAAAUAACUCCCCAGGAGUGCUUUCCUUGGGCUUCUUCUGAAGCAGAGUAAGAAACGCCACUGGGUUUGGGCUUUCAAAUGCAGUUUUUGCUGUGACGGCAGAGCCAAAAGUCCCGCCCCUUGGCAUGGUCACCUUCAGCAUUUUUAAGCCAAAAUCAGUUGAUGACUAUGAAGAAUGCAAUGUUGUUAACUGCAGAAAAAUAAUUUUUGUUCUAUUUCUGGAGAUGGGGGUAGAAAGUAAAAAGUAACCUGGCCUUGGAGAUGCAAUGACUUCUGUUGCUGAGGCAAAGUUUUCAUCUGCUUCUCUUGCUCGGAGGGGCAGCCAUCACAGUGCAAGGACUGUGCUGGAGACGCACGGCUGGAAGAGUCAGGGCACGACAGCGUUACCAAAAUGUGUUGCCUUUUGCUGAAAACGGCUCCUGAAGUAGUGUGAGGCAGCCACUUGCCAUUUUAUUUCCUAACAAGACUGCUGAAGCCCUUAAGGAAAACAGGUAAUAGGUAUCAUUGUCUUUUUUUUAAUGCAGUCAAUUUUUUCAAGAAGUAGAUGGUCCAGGAAUAGGGGGAAUAAGAACAAAUACUGAGGGAGUGAAGUGCUUCAUGUGUGUUUGAGAGAAACACGCAGAUUCAGGAAAAUGCCCCAUGCAGCAGGAAACCUGUUUCCACAUGCCAGCAAUCCCAGCCUGAUCUUGUAACCUACAUUAAUCCCAUAGCUUUGGAUCUCAAAGAUCUUAGAAAAAACAUGCUUUUAUUGUUCUCUCUCCACAAAUCAGUCAGAAAGGAAAUCAAACUUUUGGCAGCUAUCCCCUCACCGUGCUCCCUUUUUGUGUAUAUUGCUCUUCAGAUCAGGUUUUCCAAGUACAUUUAUUUAGAUUGGUUUGCACUGCUUUUAAUUUAAGGGAUCUUCUUGAAGAUGUGGGAUUCAGCAAGCUUGUCUGAAAGUUUUGCUGCAAGAAACCUGCAAAAAGGCAGGAAAGGGUUUCAAGUUUGGAAUUGCCCAACCCUAUAUUGCGUAGCAAAAGAACACCCACACUAAAUUUCCUUCCUAUGUUCACGUGGCAUAGCUCCAUGUGAAUGUGUAUGUAAAUCCAAUAAACUAUGGGACUGGAUGAGAGUAGCUGAUGGUUAAUAAAUCCUUCCAUUACUCAAUUCAUAAUAUUAUAAUGAGCCAAGAUAAGAAAUCAACAUUUAUUUUAUCAUAAAAGUUCACAUUAAAAUUAUAUACAAGCA